CUGACUGGUAGUCCCUGGAGUGCUCAAGUUGUCCCACAUCAAUAUCGAUUUGUGUUUAAAUUUGGUUCCCAUGGUAAUGGACCUGGACAGUUAAAUCAACCUUUUGAUAUUGCCGUGAGUGAAGAAACUGGAACCAUUGCUGUGGCAGACUCUGAGAAUAAAAGAAUUCAAUUGUUUAGCUCUGAUGGAAAUUAUCUGAGGGAGAUAAACGUAAAGAAAGUGUGUACCACAUUAGCUUUUACCAAGUCUGGUGAUAUCAUUGCCGUUGUCCCUAGCGAUGAUCAUAAGAUUUCUUUGUUCGCUGAAAGUGGUCAGUUUAUCAAACACAUCAACCAAGAACACCUAGAGAUACCAGCUCACUUGUCAGUGGGAUUUGAUGGCUGCAUAAUCGCAUGUGACUGGAAGAACAAUGAAAUCAGGGUAAUCUCCCCUGACGGGAUGCAGUUACUACAAUCUUUUCGUGCUUCAGACCGUGCCAAGUCCUUGUAUUGUGCUGUUUAUCACCAGGACAGAUUCUUUGUCUCUGAUGCAAACGCCAAUUGUAUUAAGGUGUUCAGCAAGGAAGGAAAGUUCCUUUACAAUAUUGGCAGUCAGGGGACUGGUGACGGACAGUUAAAAGGCCCUGUUGGACUCGCAAUCGACAAGUUUAAUAAUCUAAUCGUUUGCGAUGUCGAUAACAGAAGACUGCAAAUUUUCGGACUGGACGGGAAGUUUGUCACAAAGAUAGACAAACAUUUCCCAAAGGACGAUAGCGCUCCUUGGUCUGUCGCCAUGUCUAACAAUGGAAAAGUUUUUGUGACUGAUUUUUUUAAAGCCUGUGUUUGUGUCUUUCAGUAGAACAGUGACUUAGCAGUGAGAUAAGCAUCUCCUAUUGGGUGUUUCUCGAAAAAAAACAUAUUUCUUAACUAAUCAAUUCACAGAUCUCACUGAAAAUGAAAGCAUUUGAUGGUAAGAAAAGACAACAUUCGAAAUCCUAGGGAUGUUUUCUGAAUGAUAAAGCCAUAACUUGUGGAGAUAAUAUAAUUUCCAUCGUGUCUG